AAAGACCCGAGAGCAUUCUGGCAACAUUCUCUCUCUCGCGCUCUCGGUGCCUGUGUGGGUGGUGGAGAUGGUCUGAAGACACACAACCUUAUAUUAACGCCUCCCACAGCCACAGCACCUCAGUAUGCCCUACCACACCGACAUUCAAGGAUCCCCGACAGAUCCCGACAGCUUCCCGACCCGCUACCGAGACCGCCACAGCUUCCCGAGAGGAGAUAUACGUAAUUUAAGAGAGAGGCAUUUUUCCCCGUCCACCCGUCAGUCAGAAGACGACAUUUUAAGGGGGUUAAAAGGGAGGCUCCGUUCUGGUGCUGGAGCGGAUAUGUUUUUCAACGACUGUUUCUUCACGCCAGAUACAAUGUUCGCUAAGGCAGACGAAGGCGAGGACGCGGGCGGGACACUGCGAGGGCGCCACUCACACAUGCAUCCACAGACUGGCUUCCACGUCCCCCCUGGGUGUCCGAUGACCAAGAGAUGAGUGACCUGGCUGCAAGGAUGUCCCACGCCCCGCACUUCGCCACCAUGGGCAGGAGAGGCGUGCCGGGGGGCGUGGCAGGCGCGGGCGUGCCGUGGAGGGAGCGUAGGCACUCUGGAGGUUCAUCAAUGAGUGCCACUUCAGAGGAUGGCGUCACAGAUACAGGCAAAUCACAGGGGUCAGAUCAGACACUUCCCCAUGAAAUACCUAUUCGCUUUGAGGCUCCCCCGCCCCCCUCACAGCAGCAACAGCACCCCGCAGGGCAAGGACAGCACCCCGGACACCCCCCAGCCAGCCACAGCAGCACACAGCGCCACAGCAGCAGCAGGAGGGGCAAGAGAGGCCGCCUCAGUGCCCCCUCCGCACCACCUCAGCUGUUGACGCGACAGAACACGGCAAUUCUGGCGCCCCCAGGAACUCCAGGUGUGCCUCCGCGCCCCCGGAAAUGGCGGAGAUGCAGCAGCAGCAACAGCAGCAGCAGCAGCAGCAGCAACAGCAGCAGCAACCACAGCGUUUCGUCUCAAAGAUAAACAUAACACCACAGCCGCCAUCCUCGCCUCUCCCAGCUAAAUUCAACACAGUCCCUCGACCAUUUGUGUCCGGGGAGCAGCAGCAGCAGCAGCAGUACCCCCAACAGCAGCAGUAUCCACAACAGCAGCAGUAUCCACAACAGCAGUAUCCACAGCAGCAGCAGCAGUACCAAUAUCAACAAUAUCCACAGUUCCAGGGGUACCAACAACCGCCUCUUGGGUUCUUCCCGCCUGCUGACGCCCAGUGGCAGUACCAGCAGCAGUACCCGACGCAGCAGGCACAGCAGGAGGCCCAGACACCGCAGCAGAGGGCGGGGGGAGGCAGCGGCAGCCAGCGUCCUAGCAUAGUCCGUAACAUCCCUAUAUUUGUCGAGGGCCGAGAUGAACCAGUCGAUCAAAAUGAGACAAAACCACAGCAACAGUGGACGCAGACCCGCCCCACACAGCAGGCACAGCAAGCCCCACCCCCACAGCAGCCACAGGUACCGCAGCCCCCCCCGCCACCCCCUCCACAGACCAAGCAGAAGCAGAAACGACAGCAGGCCCAGGCUCACCAAGCGACCCCUCCACCUCACGCUGCUCCGAUUCCUAUGCCAAGCACCACACAGGGUACAGCGCAGGACAGCACCCCGCCACAGCCCCAGACACAGCCCCAGGCACCUCCCCCGCCGCCCCCACCGCCACAGCCGCAGCAGGACCCGAGGAUAACGGAAAUCGAGCGGGUGAGAGGUACCGUUGCUGAGUUACGCGAGAAAGUAGAAGGUUUUAAAGGAACCAAAAAGGACCGCGAAUUUUUGUAUCUAGAUGAAAUGUUGACCCGUGCCUUGCUCCAGCUGGACAACGUUGACCCCGACGGCUGUGACCAGGUCAGACAAGCCAGGCGAGGGGUCAUUAAAGACAUCAACAGUGCCAUAUCUAAACUGGAAGCCCUUGCAAAGGAUCCAGUAGCCUCGGAUUCCACUGGGACAACUUUAAACGAGGCAUCAGAACAGGGGCACCAGGAGACGGACACCACUUCGAAACCCGCUCAAGAUCCUGCUGAGGGGAAGAAGGGAGAGGAGGAAGGGAAGAAGAAGGAGGGGAAAGAGGAGGAGGAGAAGAAGGAGGAAGAGAGGGAGAAGGAAGAUAUCAAAGAAGGAGAGAAGAGUGAAGAGAUAGUUAGUUGAGUUGAAUGUGGGUGCCUGCUUCUCUCUCUCUCUCUCUCUCUCUCUCUCUCUCUCUCUCUCUCUCUCUCUCUCUCUCUCUCUCUCUCUCUCUCUCUCUCAGGAAACUUCUUGUUCAACCUGUUUUGUGAUGAAAGAGAGAGCGAGAAAGAGAGAGAGAGAGAGAGAGAGAGAGAGAGAGAGAGAGAGAGAGAGAGAGAGAGAGAGAGAGAGAGAGAGAGAGAGAGAGCUUUAUUUUGUGACUCCUUUUAAUUGUAUGUACGUAUGUAUGUAUGUAUGUAUGUAUGUAUGUAAAUAAUUAGAAGAGGAAGAUUAUAUAAUGUGUAACUGGAAAAAAAAAAUUAUAUAUAUAUAGAUUAUUAAUAUUUAUAGAAAAAGAUUAUUACUAUUACUAUUAUUAUUAUUACUAUUAUUAUUAUUAUUAUUAUUACUCUCAUUAUUUAUUUGAUCUUUGCUAACUCAGAUUGUCAACGAUUAAGAAAAAUAAUAAUAAAUAAAAAUAAAUAAAAAAAAUAAACAAAUUAUUGAUGAAAACCGAGAGAGAGAGAGAGAGAGAGAGAGAGAGAGAGAGAGAGAGAGAGAGAGAGAGAGAGAGAGAGAGAUUCUUCAUACAGGAAGGUAGAGGAAGAUGAACGAGGAGGAGGAGGAGGAGGAGGCACGUGUGGGUGGAAGAGGAAGAGGAGGAGGAGGAGGAGGAGGAGGAAGAGGAGGAGUUGGCGCCUUAUUCUACUAUUUUCGUCUUCCUCUUGGUGUCCUCUCUCUCUCUCUCUCUCUCUCUCUCUCUCUCUCUCUCUCUCUCUCUCUCUCUCUCUCUCUCUCUCUCUGUGUGUGUGUGUGUGUGUGUGUGUGUACCGCCUUCCGAUAUGACACACACACACACACACUCAAGUUCAUAUUCUCUCUUUCUCUCUCUCUCUCUCUCUCUCUCUCUCUCUCUCUCUCUCUCUCUCUCUCUCUCUCUCUCUCUCUCUCUCUCUCUCUCACCUUGCUGAAGCGGAAAUAUGUGUUUGUGCGUAUGUGUGUUUCAAUAUACACACAAGAAUAUCUAUUUAUGCAAAUGAUGUAUUUUUUAACCAAUAUGUGUGUGUGUGUGUGUGUGUGUGUGUGUGUGU